UAAGUGCUUUUGGGUUUCUGCUUGUGGGAGUAGCAUCUCCAGCUUUAAUGAACAGAUUGUUGGUCAAGUGAGAAAGUUGAAGUUCUACCUGCACGGGCAUUGCUGUAAGUUAAUCAGUAGAUGAAAAGGAUCGUGUCCUGAAGAUGGAAACUGCUGACCUGAUCGAAAAAGCAAGGCUUGCUGAGCAGGCAGAGCGCUAUGAUGACAUGGCAGCCUGCAUGAAAACUGUCACGGAGAAAGGCGAUGAACUCUCCAGUGAGGAACGGAACCUGCUCUCUGUCGCAUACAAGAACGUAGUUGGAGCCCGUCGGUCAUCCUGGCGGGUCAUGUCCAGCAUAGAGCAGAAAAUUGAAAGCGGUGAAAGGAAGCAGCAGAUGGUCAAAGUGUACCGAGAGAAAGUCGAGAAAGAGCUGCAGGACAUCUGCAACGAUGUGCUGUAUCUUCUGGACAAGUACCUAAUUGCCAAAACAACCCAGGCUACAAGCAAGGUCUUCUAUCUGAAAAUGAAGGGAGACUAUUACAGAUACCUCUCUGAGGUUGCAAGUGGGGACAAAAAGAAAGCUACGGUGGAAAACUCGCAGCAGGCCUAUCAGGAGGCAUUGGAUAUCAGUGAGGACAAAAUGGAGCCAACACAUCCCAUCCGACUUGGCCUGGCUCUCAACUUCUCCGUGUUCUAUUAUGAGAUCCUGAAUGAUCCUGAGAAGGCCUGCAGUCUGGCUAAGUCAGCAUUUGAUGAUGCAAUUGCAGAGCUGGACAAGUUGGCUGAUGAUUCAUACAAAGACAGCACCUUGAUUAUGCAGUUACUUCGGGACAAUUUAACUUUGUGGACAUCAGACAACCAGGGUGAAGAUCAAGAACCUGGCGAUGCGCAGAGCUAAAACAUCUGUUACACUUCCAACUUAACUCACUGAUUUACUCUCACCUGCUCCUGUCUGGCAAAACUGCCCCACCAGUCCCUCUUCCCUUUUCUUGUUCCUCUCUGAUUUUUUUUUGAAAGGCAAUGCAUACCAUUUCCUUGACCUGCACAGAGUUUCACACCACCAUGCUGCAUUCUGAUGCACUGAGAAAACACUUGGGGCUGGGGACAAUCUAACACCAGGGGUAACUGUGAGCUGCUCUGCUUUUAAUGGUUAGCUUUAUCUGGCUGGAUAUUUUGGUGUGAAACCUUCUGGCAGUUCGGUUAGAAUUCCUUCAGGUGCCUAACCUAGCCUGUGAAUUUACUGGAGAAAGAUAAGGGGCAGGAAGAGAGGAAUGAGCAAGAAUUGUAGUCCACAAGCACUGCUUGGUGAGGGGCUUGCUGCUUGUUAAAGUAAUUGACCCUAGAAGGCAGAGUGUUUCCUGAAUUGUUCCUACUUUGUGAGUUGUAUUCUCUAAAUAGAGCUAGGGUUUACAUUCCUCACUCCUUCUGCCCAAGUGUACAUUUUAUCUUGCAAGCACCAUCCUCUGCACCCUCCUGCCCUGUUCAGUGAACACAUACUCAGGGAAACGCAGGGACCAUAAUUGCAAGUGUGUCUGUUUGGGGGAGGGGGGGAGGGGAGGGAGAGGUGGGGGUAGUGGGAUGUGGGUGAAUGCUUGGCUAUCCAACUUCUGCAGUAGCAGUGGGCUUCUUCAGUUAUCAUGGAAAUCUGUAGGGAAGAAAAUAGCAGUGGCUUUCAUCAUUUCAGGCAUUCUUAACACAGUGGGCCACUUUUUGCACAAUCAGAUGCUGGUUUUGCUGCUGGGUGACCUGCAUGUGUUGAAGUUCUAUCAAACUAGGCUCAUCUCCCCUUUGCCACCCAGCUACCAAUUCCUCCUCUCCAUUUAUGUCCCUGCGAUACUCCCUGAUCACUUCCUAAGUUCUGCCUUGUUUGUUCUGUUCUCGUUGUCUUGGAGACACUCUGACUCUGGUCAUGAUUAGCUCUGCUGUCUCAUUCACCCUUCUCUGGGUUCCCCAUCGCCCCCUUCUACUCCUGUCCCCAUUCCCCAGCACCAAAAUGGGACUGGAACAAUCUGUACUUUUGCAGCAAUUUGUGCUCUUCUUCCCUUUCUUGUAUUCACAUGCAGCCAACUUCUGAAAUUUUUCAUUUUGUACUUGCACAAAGCUCAAUCACGUGGUGUAAUAACUGGCACCUUCAGCAACUCCACCUCCCUAAUCUUGUCUUAAUCCUAAUCAGUAUUUGAAUAAGUGCUUUUGGUAUUUUGAUACUAAACUAUUAACUUUUUUCAGAUUUGUCUGUCAAACCUAGACCUCUUCCUGUAACUUCCUGCUCUUGAAACCAUGGUCUGUUUUGGGCGAGUGGGGGGAAUCUGCAGUUAGUGAUUCCUUUGGCUUCCUGAGUAGUACUUUUGAACUUUUUUCCCAAAGUUAGAACCAUGAUUGUGGAAAUGUGCGCAGACUUUUAUUGAUGCAGUCUAAAUCAAUCUCAUCCUCUGUCAGGCUAAGUGUGAAUUUUGGCAGAAUCAGUGUAACUUUAAUUGACUUGGCCUCUCCCUGUGGGUGAAUGAUGAGCUCACUCUCAGCCAAUAAGCUGCACAGUCUAGCAGUGUAGCCUGUUGGGUUAUCUGUUUGGAUUGAGUGGUCUGAUAGUUCUCUGUAAUCAUGACUGCUAAAGGGGACUGCAUGGAAAAGGCUGACACUAUCUUGAGAGAAGCGGGGUGAACUUCUUGGAUGGAAGUGGGCAAUUAUUCAGCGUCCUAAUGUGUUUCCUGUUGUGAUUUGAUUAUUACAUUCCACUGAUGUGCAACGUUUGUUUGUCGUCUGCUGAAAAACGUACUGUGUACUGAAAUAAUAAAUUGAAAUCACUUCUGACUGAACGAACAUGUAGUUCUAGGUGCCCUUGGUAAUGAGUGCAGAGCAGACCCUCAACCCUCGUCAAUAUAUCUCGUAUCUGCUUUCUUGCUUUGUUUUGCUGACCAGUAUUCUGCCUGCAGUCGCUUCUGUGACCGUUGUAGCACACACGUGAUUGUGUAACAGUAGUGCAAAACAUUUUAAAAAAGACUUUUUUGGAUGUACGAGUAGAUCUGUGUAAGUCUUUUAAAUGGACUGUGGGAAAAAUAAAUUCAGAACAUCUACAUGACAGCUCAAUAAGGAAAUAAAGGUUCAAAUGAGUAA